GGGACCCGGGGCCUGGCCACCUGAGUGCUGUGAGGUGGGAGCACUGGCAAAGCACUGUUCCCCACAGCAAAUGCAGAAAAACGCACAGCUGCAGGUCAUGCUUCCUAUAGAGCAAGGCUGGCUGUGCAUCACGCGUGCACCAUGUGACCUGUGCAGCAAUGACGGGGGUAAGAGUAUUUCUUCCAGGAGCAUCCUGACUUUGCGAGCCUCACCCUGGGCAUUGGUGCAGAGUUCAGCUGAGGGCAGCCAGGGCUAUCCCCUGCCUUCUCUCACCCACACCCCAAGUCCAGGCAGGGAGCCCUCAGCACCAGGCUCUUACAAGCUUGCAGAGGGCUUCUAUUUCUGGCAGAUCUGGGGACUUGGUUCCCUGCCCGUCACUCCCACUGGAAGCAAAAGUGCUGAAUAGAACAGGAACAGUGUUUUCUCAGACACUUGAGGAGCUGGCAGGUGAGGAGUGAACACGCAGAGGCUGGAGCUGGAGUGCGUGCAGGAGCCUGGGGAGCCAGGUGGAGGAGGUUCAGGGGGGCUGGAUCAGUGGAAGCUCCUGGGGGACCCUACCCACAAACAGGCUCAUACCCUCCUCACAAGGAUGAACCAGAACAGCACCCCAACCUCCUACCCAGGGGACUGCCAGCUCUUAAUUUUGUCAUUGAGUGGAAGAGAAAAUCUGGCACCCCAAAUUCACACCGCCCAUGGCACCCAAUUCACACCGCCCAUGGCACCCCAAAUUCACACCGCCUGCAUGGUCCAAGGCCCAGAAUCUCAACUUAAGUGGUUCCAGGCUGGCAGAGACUCUGGUGGGACCCAAGCUCAACCCCACCUCAAGGGGCUGCUACAAGCAAAAGUUGAAGAAUCAGAAAAUAAUGGUAAAAAAAUUCACAAAGCACACAGGCAACGAGGUACCACAAAUGAGCCCAAACACCACAGGCAGCAGAAUAUGACCCACAAACACUCUUCCUGUGGGGCUGUCAGGGCAGAAUAUCCAGUGAGCUAGAAAUGCUUUAGUAAAUAAAAAGGGGAUAUAACAUAUGAAUAAAGAGCAUGUGACCAUAAAAAAUGAUUAAGCCAAACUGAAAACGGAAAUUCUAAAAAUGAAAACUGUAAUACAUGGAGAUAAAACUCAAUGGAUAAAAAGUAAAUUAAAAACAAAGAGUCAGUAAUCAAGGAUAGAUUCAACUGCAGUUUGAUGUAGUUAAAGGAAGAACUAGUGAAAUGGAAGAUGGAGCUGGAGAAGUUAUCUCUAAUCUAGCAAAAACAAAACCAUGGAAAACAUGAAGAGUAUAUGAUUAAGAGCAAAGGAGCCAGCCAACUUUUGCAGCUAAAACUGAAAAGUAGACUAUCUAAGACACCACAUGUUGUCUACCAAACAAGAUAAAAUAAAACAGAAUAAUAAGAGCAAGGUGAGCUACCUUCAGACUGAGGGCAGUUAAGCAGGCAGAUGGCACGACUGAUGAGAUGCCAGAGACAGAGCACUCACUUCUUAACUUGUAAGGGGAAGGGGCAGCAGGAAUGAGUGAGAACAGGAUCAUUCAAAGAUGGCAAGAAAGGAGAGAAGCACAGGGAAAGGGAGGCAGAUACCAAGUUUAAAACAAACACACGGUGGGGCGUUGACAACACCAAAAGCCGGCUCUUUGAAGAUGGCUGAUAGAAUGGACAAACCCCUGGCCAUCUUGUUCAGGAAGAAGGAGGCGCAAAUGACUGGCGUUAGGAAUGAGGGCAGAAGACAUAACCAUAGAUAGUUCGCCGAUUACAGGCAGAUGUUACAAAUAAUUUUAUGCGAAGAUAUCUAAAAAUUUGGAUGGGAGUUCCUUCUGUGGCUCAGCAGAAAUGAACCUGACUAGUAUCAUGAGGACACAGGUUCAAUCCCUGGCCUCGCUCAGGGGAUUAAGGAUCCAGAGUUUCCGUGAGCUAUGGUGUAGGUCACAGUUGUAGGCUUGGAUCUGGCGUUGCUGUGGCUGUGGUGUAGGCCAGAGGCUACAACUUCAAUUCAACCCCUAGCCUGGGACCCUCCAUAUGCGGUGGGUUUGGCCCUAAAAAAAAAAAAAGACAAAAAAUAAAAGAUAAAAAUAAAAUUUGGGUAAAGUGGGUAGAAUUCUAGAAAAACAUAACUUAACAAAAGCAAAGAAAGAAGAAAUAAAUAACCUGAAUAGUCCUAUGAACAUUAGUUAAAUUGGAUCUGUGGAUACGAAUCUUUCAAAGAAAACCAAGCCUAGAUGGUUUUACUGGCAAAUUUUUCCAACAUUUAGGAAAGAAAUCAUUCUAAUCUAAAAAAAUGAUUUCAGAGUAUAUAAAAAGGAUAUUUUGGAGUUCCACUUUGGCACAGGGGGUUAAGAAUCUGACUGCAGUGGAUCAGUUCAUCGCAGAGGUGUGGGUUUGCUCCCAAGCCUGGUACAAUGUCUUAAAGGGUCUGGUGUGGCCAUAGCUGUGGGCAUAGGUUGCAGCUGUGGCUUGGAUUCAAUCCCUGGCCCAGGAACUUCCAUAUGCUGUAGGUGCAGUCAUUUAGGAAAAAAAAAAAGAUAUUUUUCUAAAAGCCUGUAUCAUAUAUCAUUAUCUUCAUGGUAAACUCUUGAAAGCAUUCGCUGUAAGGCCAUGCAGACGUGCCCACCUCUAGACAACAUGGUGCAAGUCCUAGGAAAGGCUCAGAGGGAAGAUAAGAAAAGAAGUAAAAGACAGCUUAAAUGGAACAUUCAUUUUCUCAGGCAAACUUGGGCAUCCCAGGGCUGGGACUGGGGCUCCAGCCUCAUAUUUAUCCUACGGCACAAUCUUCCUCAAACCCUUGGUUGCUAACCCAUAGUCCAAGAUGGCUGCCUAAGCGCCAGCCAUCAGGUUUGUAUUCCAGCCAAUGGGAGAAACUAAAGGAGAAGGGAGUGUGACUGCUUGCACUUUGGACCUUCUUUGUGAAGCGUAUCUACCACUCCAGCUUCUGCUUCACUGGCCAGAGCACCUUAUCAGACUCAGCUGUCACCUUGGUUCUGGAUGGCCACUGGGGGGAAACAAACAGAGAAAGGGGUCCAGGGCUGCAGGGGGCAAACACUCAGAACUGCGGGGGGAGCCCAGGCAUGGGCAGAGCUCAUCUGCUGCAGGGAGCCGGGUCAUGCUACUGCCAUCCAGAGCCGGCCCAGGCUCCAGACCCUCUGGGGGCCGAGGGGAGGAGCAGAGGUGGCCCUUGGUCCUCCACUGGCACUGGAGCAAUGUGGCUAGAAUUGAUGGGUGUAGCCUCUGGCCCGGUUUGCAAGCCACCCCAUGAUCUUACUCAUUGCAGUGCCGCUGAGAGAGAAGACGUUUCCAACCGCUGUUUUGCUGCCUGGAUCCAUGUGUUGGCAGGAGGGCUUUUAGCAAAUGUGCAGGGCAUAGUUGCACCUGUCGUAAUUGCAGCAAGCGUAUUUUUUUGGCUUAACAACUCGGGAGCAACCUGACUGUGCAGCCCCAGAGCCCAAAGGUGCCGUCAGAGCCUGGCACUGGUGGCAGGUGCCUCCGGUCCAGACAGCGCCCCAUCAGGGGGCCCAAAGCAGAGGUCUUGGGUGUUUAAGUUGCCUGCCAGACAAAGCGCCACGGGAGCGCUGGCCUUGCCUUUGGCCAUGAGCGUGUGAGGUCUGCGAGCUGCUGCAGAGGAGAGCAGGCCCCAGGGGCACCUGGAGGGAGGGUGAGCUCCGGGAGCUGCUCUGGCCCAGCUUUCACCUUCCACUUGGGGCCGAAGCUGGCUGGCCCCACCCCACUUGGGAUGUGACAUUUCAGAAGCCUGCAGCCCUCGGGCACAGCCUCCUCCUGAAGCCCCUGUGGCCCCCGGAAAAUCCCGGCCCCAGCUUCCAUCAGAGCCCACCCCCGCCAGGGUCCUCUUCUCCGACGCUUGACCUCAGAGCUGGGCUCCCCACCAACCCAGGUCUGGAGGAAAAGGCCCCAGGCAGGGCCUGGGGGCAGGGUGGAGGCUCCACGGCUUAGGGUCACUUGGUAUUUGCGGGGCCUCAGGACCCAGUAUUGAAAACAGGGUCCACUAUGAGCCAGCGUUAGGUAGCCUGCCCCCGCCACCCACCCCAUGUUGAGGCCAGGCAGCAUCUGGUCCCUGCUGGGGGACACACCCCUCAUCCCCAAGAAUAGGUGUGAUGGGCGGCUUCUUGUCAUCGAGUGUGACCUGGCCACAAGGACCUUCUCGUCAUUGGCCCUGGAGCCCCCUCCCCCGGAUGGACGCAUUUGGGGGGGCCUGGGACGGGGUGCCUCUGGUGCCCCUGGCCUCCCGCUGCCCCCUCUGUGGAAUGAGGCCCAGAUAGGCACAAAGGACGGCAUGUGACAGCUCAGGAAAUGGCCUAAUGAGGGCUGGGGGACAAAGGUGGCAUUCAGCGCAUCCUGGACAGCAGGUCCUUCCCAGCCCGCGGGCAGCAGGCAGUCCUGAGUCCCUGGUUUUCCAGGCACCCCCCGCAACCCCCGCCAAGCCUGAGUUUAAUCAACGGGCCUCCGCACGGCCAAGGCCGGUCCCCUCACCCGCCUGACCUGCUCUUGGCUGGAGGGGUCCGUUCCCACGAGGCUGUCGGGACCCCCGCCUGGCUCUUCUGCCUCUCUGUCGUGUCUUCCACGUAAACUGGCAAAAUCAAAUAAAUGGUGAGUUUCUGUGACUUUGGCAACUCUUGCUCCAUUUGAAACAGUUUAAAUGAGCCAAGAACCAAGAAAGGGCAAAAGCGCAAUCGAUGUGCAAAGAAACAUUCGUUCCAGUUUAGUCCGUGAAGCCUGACAGUGAGUGAAGGAAAGUGCGCCCGCUACUCCCUCCGGUUCGGAAACUAGCCGAGCACUUAGGAGUUGCAAAGGGCGCACCCCAAAGCAUGGCUGAUACGCCCCCCAGAGUCCGUCUCCUGCAUCCUGCAGUGAUUCCUGACUCCUGCAGUUUUGGCGUUAACACGUCUCGUGCUCUAGCUGGCAUGUGAGCCCCUGGAGUCCCGUCUAAGUGCAGGUUCUGGUUCUGGCCCAGGGACCAGGCGGGAGGGGCUGCCUUUCUGAGCAGCUCCCCAGGUGCUGGGCUUGCAGCAAGGCCACCCGGAGCAGCGGGGUCUCUGUCCAGGGGCCUGGGAGCCCCUUCCUGUCCGGGGGUGUCAUCAGAGCCAGCAGGAAGGGAUGAUGCUGGAGGAGCCUGCCGCCCCCGUCCCAGGCGCAGGUGGCCGCGUCCCCAGUGAGGACCCUGGCAGAGGCCACGGGAUGCCGUGGGAAAACAGUGCGCUUCCUGGCAGACUGAAAAUAACGCUGCUGGCUGUAGAAACCACGGGAACCCCAAGAAGAUCUAAAAAGGAGAAGCCACAGGGCUGUUGGCAGCCUUUGGUUCACCUUUAUGUGACUUUUGCUCCGAUGCUUCUUCCCCCGGGGUAAAGCCCACUGCGUGUGCCCGGGAUACGAACACACCCCGCUUCAUUUCAAUGUCAUUGGCAGCAACAUGGACGGAGCAGAGACGCUCAUGCUAAGUGAAAUGAAGUCCGAAAGAGAAAGACAAAUGCCACAUGAUGUCACUCAUAUCUGGAAUCUGAUGUACGGCGCUAAAGAGCCUGUGUGUAGACAAGAAUCCAGCACAAGGACUUGGAGAAGAGACUCGUGGCUGCCAAGGCGAAGGCGCGGGAGUCGGGGUUGGCAGGUACGAAUCAUUACAUUUAGGAUGGAUGAGCAGUGAGGUCCUGCUGUGCAGCGCUGGGAACUCUGUCUAGUUACUCGCGACGGGACACGGUGGGGGAGAAUGUGAGGAAAAGAAUGUGUAUGUGUGUAUCACUGGGUCACUUUGCUGCACAGCAGACAUGGACAGAACAUGGCAACUCAGCUAUAAUAGAAAAAAUAAAAAUCUUUAAAAAAUGAAAUAAAAUAAAAUUCUGUCUAGAAGCUGGGGCCCUCCAGGCGGGUGCACCUACAGGGGUCAGGGUGGCACUGAGUGUGCCCAGGGGGCCCGGGAGAGGAGCAGAAAGGAAAGCAACUGUUUCUCUGAGGACCAGCUACCUGGGCCCACGGGUGGGCAUCCUCUCGUGCCCUCUGGUCUCCAAGGACCCACAGGAAACCUGGGGUUCUGCUGCCCUGAGACCCUGAGGCCGUGGGACCCGGAAACCAGACUCUGCCCACCUCAUACGUAUCAGCGCUCAGAGGUCAGAGUUCAGGGUCGCCCUGGACGCAGUGCUUGCUCCUGGACCUCUGGGCUUUCCGGGUUUUCUGGAGCUGGGAGGAGAGAGGGAGGGUCAGGAAGGGACUGGGUCGGGGGCUGAGGCCGGCUAAAGGAGGGGCUGGGACAGAGGGAGACCCGUUCACGGGUGGCGGGUGGUGCAGCCGCCAGGGACCAGAGCCUCCUUUGCUGUCACGGGCCGGCAGACCUCCUCGCGUCCGCUGGCCUGGAAAGGAGGCCGGGGCCAGGCCAGAGGGCUGCGCGGAGCCGCGGCCGGAGGCUGGCUGCCUGGCUGGAAGCGCUUGCUGCUCUGACUCACACCUGUAUUUUUAGCAGAAGACAGCCGCUCCAAGGCCGCGUCGGGAGAGAUUACAUCUCGGCCCAGGCCCCGGCCUCCCGCAGCCACUGAGGCAGGCAAUUUGCGCCACUUCCUGCCGGCUGUUCGGGACACAGGGCACCUGCCCAUCGCUGUUGGGAAGAGCAUGCCAGCCCAGCGGGCAGGUCAGCACCCAGACACUGGCUGCCUGGCGGGGAGGCCGGGUGGGGCAGGGGGUGAGGGAUGCAGAGACAGGCAGGCUGGCCGGGUCUAUACCGGGUGGGAGCUGCAGCCCCUCGUGUGCAGUCACCCUGUGCCCAGGGGUGUCGACAGAGGCCAUCUGUCCUGGGGGUGGCCUGCGCACCCCUGGGACGGGAGGAAGUGGGGGACAGCAGCCCAGGAAGGGCUCUGUUGGCCUCAGCCCCUGGAUGUGCAGUUUUUACAAAUGAAGAGCCAGAGGAGGGGACAGCGGCCUCCCCAGGGGUCAGACACGGGUGGGUCAGCGAGGUCUCAGCUUCUCCCCAACCCCUGGGUUCUGCGCAGUGACGAGGAGCAAAGAGCCAGCCGGUGAGAGGAAGGCCCAGGGUGGCCGCCAGGUCGGGGUUGGCGCGGCGGCGGGGCCGGAGCAGGAAGGCUUCGGAUCCAGAGCGCCCCCUCCCUCUCUGCGUCCUGCCACCAAGAGGGAGCAUCUGGAGUGGCCGCUGCCCCAGCUGCCUCCAGCUGCUGGCUGUGGACCCCGUUAGGCCCGGGUUGGCCAGGCUCCUGCCUCUGCUCUGCCCCCACCCACCCGGUGCCCCCACGGCCACCUUCCAGCAAGGCCAGCAGGCCCUCUGGGAUGGGUGGUGACAGGUGACACCUGUGGCCCCAGCAUGACACCCUCACGACCGUGAACACCACCCCGGAAGUACCUGGGAGGAAGGAGAAGCCCUGAGAUCAGAAGGAAAGGGUGACGGUGCCUGGUCCUGGAGGGUUUGCCUCUGGCUCAGAGGGAGCACGAAGCCCCGCCGCCCAGCAGCAGCUCAGCGGGGUCGGAGGUCACCAGGGCUAAGCGCUGACCCUGACCCUGACCCCGACCUUCACGCAGCUGCCCAGAGGUCAUGCGGUCAUGUGGCAGGGCCCUGGAAGGGACCCAAGGGCUGGAGAUGGAGAAGAGAUGAGACCAUCUCAGCCCGGCCUUGCCAGCACCCCACGCGGCCUGUCCCCUCUGUGUCUGGGUCCAGGACCCACAGAAGCGACUGUGCCCACUAAGAGCCUGGCUAUGGCUCUGGUCACUGGCCUUAACUGGGGGAGAGAGAGUCCACAGGCCCAGAAGCUCCUGCAGCCCAAUCUCCAGGCUUGGUUUGUGCCCAUGUGGGGGCUGGCUGCCUGCAGUCCCAGGGGGACGUGGCCACAGGCUUAUGGCCCCUGCCCUGGGCCAGCUGUCCCCCUCUGGCCAGCUGUCCCUUCCAGCCCAACUGCCCCCCUCCAGCCAGCUGCCCCCUCCAGCCAGCUACCCCCUCCAGCCAGCUGUCCCUCUACUGCCAGCUAUCCCCUCCAGUCAGCUGUCCCCAUACUGCCAGCUGUCCCCUCCAGUCAGCUGUCCCCAUACUGCCAGCUGUCCCUCUCCAGCCAGCUGUCCCUUCUGGUGUUGUCCCCUCUGGCCAGCUGCUCCCUCCAGCCAGUCUCCCCCUACUGCCAGCUGUCCCUUCCAGCCAGCUGUCCCCUCUGGGGUUGUCCCCUCUGGCCAGCUGUCCCCUCCAGCCAUCUGUCCCUUCCGGCCAGCUGCCCCCCUCUGGGGCCGGCUUGCUCUGGCCUGUGGACCCUGCACCACGGAGGUGCCCCCUCCUCCCAGGUACGUUUCAGGAGGCCCCUGCUCCAUGGAGCCCUCCCCGGGGCUGCUGCAGAGGGUCCUGACGUGCCAAGAAGCGUCCUCCAAGAAUCACGUGCAUCCUUUAGAACGCGCACCACGCCUCCCCAGGCGCGUUUUAUAUCCGAAUGUCGGUAUGUACCUGAAAGCACUGAAGCCCCGGGGUUACCGGGUUUGAGACUGGCUAUGUCUGAGCAGGACCCGAGGCCAAAGCUGUAGCACUCGUGGGACCUGUUUGGAAAUUUCUCUAAAGCAAGAUUUUUUAUUUUUUUAUUUUUUGGUGGCAUGCGGAAGUUCCCCGGCCAGGGAUCAAACCUGCGCCACAGCAGUGACAAUGCCGGGUCCUUAACCGCUAGGCCUCCGGGGAGCUCCCUGGCGCACAAUUUGAGGGCCACGGUAGGAACGCCCUGUCAGGUGAGGAGACAGGUUAGCACCUGCCAUUCUAGGUUCAGGGCUGCUGGGGGGCUUGGGGUGACCUUCCCCAAGUGGCGGAACCAGGGCCCCCACUGAACCCCUCUGCUCCCCUUCCUGCAGGAUUUAUGGGGUCCUCACGCUCCCCCGUCGCCCUGGGCCAUGGGUGUGUUCUAGAAACAUGGAGUGAUUACUCCCACGGGACAGGCCUUUCCUGCUCCCACCAGGGGCCCCUUCCUGUUCCUUUGAGCGAUUUCACUAAGAGCCGGGGGGGCAUCAAGCUGUGCUCACAUCCCCGUCGUGAGCGGAGAACCCGUCUAGUCUUCAUGCUUCCACCAUGAGGUCUGCAGAUGCCAGCACGUCAUGUUCCAGGGCUCAGGGAGGCGCCGAGGCCCCCGGGAGUGAGGGAGGGACUCAAGUCCAGGCCAGGUCAGGGCCCGAGCUGGAGCGGGCUCCCUUCGCGGGCGGAGACGCUGUGAGCAGGAGCGGCAGUUUUCCGGAGGUCACGGGCAGCGCAGGGCCGUCCCCACAUGGCUGUGUGGGAGCAGGGAUUUAUUUUCCUGUCUGAGCCUUGCUCUGCAGUGGCGUUUGCAGCCAUGGAAGUUCUUGGCCGGGACAUGAGUGUCUUCGGAGACAUUGGGGUUGCACUUUUAUUUUUAGCUUUAGGAAUGCGACACUUGAUAUUAUUUGGGUUUUUUAAGAUGGGCCAACUUUAAGAUGAGAACUAUGUCUCUUAACCCUAUGCCGGUCCUGGAACCUUCCCAUCUGAAAGAGAGGGCCUUGGCUCCACCCUGGAGAAGGCCAGCUGUUCCUGCUCUGUUUCUGGGGAGACUUCUGGUCCCCCAUGUGCCCCAGGUCCACACCUCUGGCAGGAGGAACCAGGCCCUGGCGGGCCGGAAAGCAUCCCCCCUCUAAGCUGGUGCAGGAGCCGUGUUCUCAGGCCAGGAGACAGUUCCCCGCUGGGGGGGCCUCUCUGUGUGUGGUGACCCCCAUCCCAGGGCCAGGGGUUGCAGACGCAGGAAGCCACCCCGCAUGUGCCAUCACUGACAGCAGCAGGGAGUCCUCGGCGGCUGUGCGUCUCUUUGGGAUGCCCGGUGUGCCCAGCGUGCCCAGGGGAGCGCUGCUUCCCCGGGGGAGGGGGUCAUAGCCCCGGUUCCUUCCCUGUCUGUUGCGGGGCGGGGGGUGGGGUCCCACAGCCGGGAACAGCCGAGCUGGGACCCGGGUGCCGUGGAGUCAGACAGAUCCCUGCCCUCAGCACCCCCACACCUCCGCCGAGGGGUCCCCGCCGGCUCCCUUCAUCCCAACCCCAAAGGCCCACCCCCCAGACUUCGCCACUUCAGAGCAGAGCUGGCAGGAGACACGGCCCGGGACGUGGGGACCUUGGUUGGAGCCUCAGUUCUGCGCCAACGACCGUCCUGGGCCCCCGCCCUCUGAGAACAGCCCUGCGAGGACGAGAUGAGGGCUAUUUUCUGACGGGAGGCGAAGGCCUUUCCAGCAUGAGAGGAGUGUGUGCCUGACACCAGAUUCACGGAGGACCCAGACCCGGCGAAGCCCCCGGAGGGCAGCCGGGCCCCCAUGAGGGCCCUGGGGGCGGGGGACCCGGGGGCUGCCCAGGGAGGGGCUUCCUGGCCCUGGCCUGGCCUGGCCUGCUGAAACCACGGCCUCUCCGUGACUCCUUGUUCUGGUUCACCCGCGAGGCCACCACCCCUGCCAAGGUGUCACUCCCACGUGUCCCUGAGUCCCACGGCCCCGCAGGAGAGGUCACGUAAAUGCUGGCCGCACUGAGCGUGCGAUGAGCAGAUGGCCCUGGGCACCUCAUGGGCAGGAUGCGGCCGCGUGGGCAUUAACCACACUGAGGAGGGCUGGGGACCCUCUGAGGGGCAGGGGCAGCAGCCCCGAUGCCUCAGGACAGGAGGUUCUGAAGGCCUCAGACAGGCUUCUCCUGGCUUGCAGGAUGCCAUCCUGCUGGCACAAGGGGCUCGACCCCCCAGUCAGGGGUCAGUGGCCCGUCUCUGCCUCCCAGUGCUUUGGAAGCCAGCUGGGGCUUUGGGGUGAGGCUAGGUUUGGCAUGGUCCUUCCUCUUCUGCUUCUCCGGGUUUCCCACAUUUCCCAUAAUAUUUGCACAAUCUUGAAAGCUGAUUUUUGAAAACGAUUUUUGCUUUUUCCGUUAGAGUUGGUUUACAGUGUUCCGUCAACUUUCUACUGUACAGCAGGGUGCCCGGUCACACACACACACACACACACA